ACCUCACUGUAUAGUUCAGUGAGAGAUUCUAAGAAAGCAAAGUAACGUGAUGAGCAACGAUAUGGAUUCCUGAAACAAUCCUUUUUAAACAACAGAAUAUUUGUUGAGCCUUUCAAAGAUCCUUCUGGACACAUCUGAUACUCCCAGGCUUAAAGAGGGGAAGAGCAAUGGCAGAAACCAGGAGAAAGAGUACAGACACUACACAUUCAGUCAUGUCAUCCUCCAAUGGUCCAUAUACUGGGGAGUUUCAAUGCACUAUAUGUCUGGACGUGUUCACUGAUCCAGUCAGCACUCCAUGUGGACACAACUUCUGCAAAACCUGUCUGAAUAAACACUGGGACAACAGCCAGACCUGCAACUGUCCAUAUUGUCAAGAAACAUUCAACAAAAGACCUGAUCUCAAGAUUAAUACUACACUCCAAGAGCAUGUAGAUCACUAUAAUAAGAAAAGUCCUGAGAAAAAACCUGAAGUUCUGUGUGACUUCUGUGAGGAAACAAAGCUGAAAGCCCUGAAGUCGUGUCUGGUGUGUCAGAGCUCUUACUGUGAAACUCACCUGCAGCCUCAUCUGAAAGUGGCAGGUUUAAAGAAACACAAACUGAUGGAUCCUGUGAGUAAUCUGGAGGACUAUAUAUGUCAGAAACAUGAGAGACCUCUGGAGCUGUUCUGUAGAGAUGAUCAGACAUGUGUGUGUUCGAUGUGCACUGCAACAGACCACAAGAACCACAACACUGUUCCUGUAGAAGAGGAGAUCGAAGAGAAAAAGACUCAACUGAUAAAGACACAGAAAGACAUGCAGCAGAUGAUCCAGGACAGAAUCAAGAAGAUUCAAGACAUCAAACACUCAGCAGAAGUCAGAAAAAGAAACACAGAGGAGGAGAAAGCCACCCAUGUCGAGCUCUUCACUGAUCUCAUCCGCUCCAUUGAGAGAUGUCAGACUGAACUGCUGGAGAUGAUGGAGAUGCAGCAGAAAACAGCAGAGAAACAGGAGCAGGAGCUCAUUGAAGAGCUGGAGCAGGAGAUCACUGAGCUAAAGAUGAGAAACACUGAGCUGGAGCAGCUCUCACAUACUGAAGAUCACCUCCAUCUCCUACAGAUUUACUCAUCCCUGUGCAGCCCUACAAACACCAGGAACUGGCCUGAGAUCAGAAUGAAGACUCAUGAGAGUCUGGAGAAUCUGAGGAAAGCUCUGACUCAACUACAGGACACACUAGUUGAGAAACUCACACAAACUGUUUCUGCAGAGCUGAAGUGGAUGCAGCAGUAUGCAGUGGAUGUGAUUCUGGAUCCUGAUACAGCUCAUCCUAGACUUAUUCUGUCUGAUGAUGGAAAACAAGUGAGAGAUGGAAACAUUUAUCAAAAAAUCCUACACAAGUUAGAGAGAUUUGAUACAUGUGUCAAUGUCCUGGCAAAAGAGGGAUUCUCCUCAGGGAGAUUUUAUUUUGAGGUCCAGGUGAAUGAAAAGACUGAAUGGGAUUUAGGAGUGGCCAGAGAAUCCAUUAACAGGAAAGGAAAGAUCACAGCGAGUCCCACUACUGGAUUCUGGUCUGUUGUUCUGAGGUAUGGAAAUGAAUAUAAGGCUGGUGCUGGUCCCUCUGUCCCUCUGUCUCUGAGAGUGAAGCCGCAGCGGGUCGGUGUGUUUGUGGAUUAUGAGGAGGGUCUGGUCUCCUUUUAUGAUGUGGAGUCCAGCUCUCAUAUCUUCUCCUACACUGGUCAGUCUUUCACUGGGAAGCUCUAUCCAUAUUUUAGCCCUUCCUUAAACUACAAAGAAAUACAAUUAAACAUAUUACACUGUUGUGUGUUUUACACUUAAAACAAGUUCGGUUACGGGAAUGACGACAGCAUUCUAUAACGGAGCCAAGGACAUGACAUGCGGGGAUAAAUAGGAUUUUGUCACAUACCCGCCCUGUAGUCUACCGGAAGUUUACGAGACACCCUUUCCUUAACUUUCACUCAAGAUUUCAAUCACCAUGUGAGCGCAUAAAUGAAGCUUGUUUUAAAUCUGAAAAUAUGGGGAAGCUCUGACAUCACGGUAGUUCAGUGAGAAAAUCAGAGAAACUGAAACUAACAUGGUGAACCAGUCCAGGCACCAGAAACUUUCUUUAAAUUUCUUUAAACAACAGAAUAUUUAUUGAGCAGUGCAAAGACCUGUGUAGACAC